UAUUGUUAUUUUUGUUUUACAUGUUUGGUAAACUUAUCCAUAUUUUGGAAAAUUUUUGUAAACAUAGUUUCGCAGUUAAUACGUUUUUGAAUUUGCAGAAGUGACUACCUUGUCUACCUUGCCUAUAUUGUUUUUACUACUUACCGCGGUUAGGUACAUAUAUCUUGAAUAUUUCUACUUUUCUGCAAAAAACUUUUCGAAAAUUUCGAAAUGAAUGAGGAGAUGGAACAGAAGCCAGUGGUUGAGACGGAGUUUGUGAAGGUGGACAGCAUCAAGGAGGAGGUCGAGGAAGAGACUCCACUGGCUGGCGUCCAACCAGCUGCUGUGUGGCAGGAGGAGAUGGAACAGAAGCCAGUGGUUGAGAUGGAGUUUGUCUGUGUGGACAGCAUCAAGGAGGAGGUCGAGGAAGAGACUCCACUGGCUGGCGUCCAACCAGCUGCUGUGUGGCAGGUAGUCAAAAUUCCUGCUGUGGAGACACUGUUCUUGCCAGGACCUUGUGCAACUAACGUUGGUGAAUCAAGUGAAUUUAUGAAACCUGAAUAUAUACGAGAAGAUUAUACUCUGGCAUCAACUGCUACGGGCAGUUUUGAAUUUAAUUCUGAAAUUUGCAUCAAGGUGUCAACAGAUUGCAAGUGCCUGAAUCAUCAGCAGCAAUUUAAUUCACCAGGCAAACAAGAAAGUGAUGAUCCAGUAAUGACGGGACAGAAACCAGCAACAGCUCUCUCAUUGUCUCACAUGCGUAAUAUUUGUGAAGAAUCACUUAUGCAGAAAACUUCCCAGGCAUGUGAUAACGAACAUCAGUCUGUCAUUCAUAGCUUAAAACAUAAAAUUGCCAGAACCUUAAACUGCAAGAAGUGCUGCCAUUAUUUAAAUAAAAAAAAUUGUCCAGUAGAAAACAAAUGCUCACAUACAGAGAAGCAUCCCUUUAAAUGUGAACUGUGUAGUAAAUCAUUUAAAGAAAAACGAUAUCUUUUUCCGCAUAUGAGAAGGCAUACAGAGGAGCGUCCUUUUAACUGCAAAGUGUGCGGUAGUUCAUUCAGUGAAAAAACAACUCUAAAUCGCCACAACAGAUCACAUACAGAAGAGCAUGUCUUUAAGUGUAAACUAUGUGAUAAAUCAUUUUUUCGUAAAGUACAUUUGAUUGAACACAACAGAUCACAUUCUGGUGAGCGUCCUUUCAAGUGUGAACUAUGUGGUAAGUCAUUUUGUCGCAAAGGACAUUUGGUUGAACACAACAGAUUACAUUCUGGGGAGCGUCGUUUCAAGUGUGAACUAUGUGGUAAGUCAUUUUGUCGCAAAGGAAAUUUGGUUGAACACAACAGAUUACAUUCUGGAGAACGUCCUUUCAAGUGUGAACUAUGUGUAAAGGCAUUUUGUCACAAAGGAGAUUUGAUUAAACACAACAGAUUACAUUCUGGGGAGCAUCCCUUCAAGUGCAAACUGUGUAGUAAGUCGUUUUUACGAAAAGUAGAUCUUACUGUACACAACAGAGUGCAUUUAGGGCAACGUCCAUUUAAGUGUGAACUGUGUAGUAAAUCAUUUAAAGAAAAACGAUAUCUUGUUCCGCAUAUGAGAAUGCAUACAGGGGAGCGUCCUUUUAAGUGCAAUGUGUGCUGCAGUUCAUUCAGUAAAAAAGCAACUCUAAAUCGCCACAACAUAUCACAUACAGAAGAGCAUGUCUUUAAGUGUAAACUAUGUGAUAAAUCAUUUUCUCGUGAAGUUUAUUUGAUUGAACACAACAGAUCACAUUCUGGUGAGCGUCCUUUCAAGUGUGAACUAUGUGGUAAGUCAUUUUUUCGCAAAGGAAAUUUGGUUGAACACAACAUAUUACAUUCUGGGGAGCGUCGUUUCAAGUGUGAACUAUGUGGUAAGUCAUUUCGUCGCAAAGGACAUUUGGUUGAACACAACAGAUUUCAUUCUGGGGAGCGUCCUUUCGAGUGUGAACUAUGUGGUAAGUCAUUUUGUCGCAAAGGAGAUUUGGUUAAACACAUCAGAUCACAUUCUGAGGAGCGUCGUUUCAGGUGUGAACUGUGUAGUAAAUCAUUUUAUAAUAAAUAUUAUCUUGUUAGGCAUAUCAGGAUGCAUACGAGGGAGCGUCCUUUUAAAUGAAAUGUGUGAAGUACGUUUGGUUGAACACAACAGAUUACAUUCUGGGGAGCGUCGUUUCAAGUGUGAACUAUGUGGUAAGUCAUUUCGUCGCAAAGGACAUUUGGUUGAACACAACAGAUUUCAUUCUGGGGAGCGUCCUUUCGAGUGUGAACUAUGUGGUAAGUCAUUUUGUCGCAAAGGAGAUUUGGUUAAACACAUCAGAUCACAUUCUGAGGAGCGUCGUUUCAGGUGUGAACUGUGUAGUAAAUCAUUUUAUAAUAAAUAUUAUCUUGUUAGGCAUAUCAGGAUGCAUACGAGGGAGCGUCCUUUUAAAUGAAAUGUGUGAAGUACGUUUGGUUGAACACAACAGAUUACAUUCUGGGGAGCAUCGUUUCAACUGUGAACUAUGUGGUAAGUAAUUUUUUCGAAAAAGAGAUCUUAUUGUGCACAACAGAUUAUAUUCUGGAGGUGUUCCAUUUAAGUGUGAACUAUGUGAAAAGUAAUUUUGUUUCAAAGGAGAUUUGAUUAAAUACAACAUAUUACAUUCUGGGGAGCAUCCUUUCCAGUGUGAACUGUGUAGUAAAUCAUUUAAUAAAAAAUGUUAUCUUGAUAGGCAUAUCAGGAUGCAUACGGGAGAGCGUCCUUUUAAAUGAUAUGUGUGCUGCAUUACAUUAAAAAAAAAUAUUCACCUAGUUCUCCUUUCUCAACAGCAGAAGUUUUUUUUAAUUUUAUUUUUUUAGUGUAACGUGUCUUUAAGUUUGAAAUAUAUGCUAAAAUAUUUUGUUGUAAAGGAUAUUUGAUUAAACACAGAUUGCAUUCAGGGUUGCAUCCCUUCAAGUGUUAGCUAUGUAAUAAGUCAUUAAUUCGAAAAAAAGUGUUUGUUUAACAAAACAGAUUGCAUUACCAGUAGCAUCACUCAGGUUUUAGUAUGCAAUUAGUCAUUUAGAUAUAGAAUUGGUCUUGUUAGACACGAAAGAACUUAUUCUGGUAAGCGGCCCUUUAAAUGUGUCUUGUGUAGUCAAUCAUUUAAUUAAAAAUAUAAUGUAACUAUACACAUCAAAUAUCAUACACAAUAGCAUCAGUAUGCUAUUAAUGUAAACCAUGCAGUAUAACAAAGUCCCUUUUAAUUAAUGCAUAAUGCAGCUCAUAAGUGUGAUAUGCCAAUUCAGGCUCUUUAUCUUAAACCAUGUUCUCAUGUUUAGUUUGUGGGGCAGUGUGUAUAUGGCUUUGUCUACAUGUGUCAUUUCAGCUGGCUUCAGGUGAGUAAAGUGUGGCGUUCUCCCUCUUAUCUGCUGCCAGUCCCUCCAUACUGUGUGGGGAGUGAGUCGAUGUUGCAAUACAGCCGAGGGUAACUUAUAGCUAUUCAAAAAUACAAGUUAAAUUUAGCUGAUAGCUAUACAAAUAUGGAGGUUAAUUUUAGCUAAAGUGUGAUUGGCUGUACUUCAACUGUGUGAUGCUCAGAAACUAGGCAAUCGUAACAUGCCUCCAUAUCUAUAUUGAAGCGUACAGUGAUUGUAUCUUAAUCAGAGAAUGUUUCAAACCCGCCAACAAAGUUAAAUAGACACAGCAAGUUAAAAAGAGUGUUAUCUUCUGUAGGGUUACCGGGUAGCUACCAAUUAUACUGUGGUUACUAGAAAACGCAUGCAAAGAGACAACUUUUAUCGCCAUAUUGAAAACAAUGACUCGCGGAUUAAGAAUUAAACUAUGUAACACAAAAUGUUCUCCAAUAUUAACAUCCAAUCAAAAAUAUUACUUUCAAAUAUCAUGCCUAACACUGUGUCCCACUCAGACCACACCUGCUAGCUAUGGCCUGAAUUUCGCACUAAUAAACCCAUAAAAAAUGCAUCGGGAAUUGUAGGUAGUCUGGAGUAAAGCUAUGUCUAUUACCUUAAAUGAUUAGAAAUUCUGAAGGGUGAUUCUCAAAUAAAAGAAUUUGAAUAUUUUUUUUUGGCUUUUAUUCCACUCACGAAAAAAACAUGUUUUUUUUACAAGAUAUCUCGGCAUGAAAAUAUUAAUCACUUUUGCUGAUCACUACUCACAGUCCUGAGACUUCACUAAAUAAUGUCCCUUACGACUUAAUCUAGGUACGAUGAAACCCGGGAUACUAUGUCCCUGUGGACCAACGGACCACCCGGGCUGCUCCACAUGCUUGGGACCUAAUUUCUAGCUCAACCACCCAAAAUUUUAAAAGAAAUCUACAUUAAAACUUAACAGCAGCUUGUCCUCGGCACCCAGACGUGAAGUUAUCUGUCCUAGGUUCUCCUCAACGGUUUUUUUUGGGGAGCCGUCAUUCCCGCACGUCCUUUCGGUACAGUACUCGAGCAAUGGCUAAACACAAAGAGGCUAUGUGACCGCCCGCCACUUCAUACCUUCUUAUUCCUUUCUCAAAACUCACAUGAUACAACAACGGCCUGAAAAUGUACUGGUUAAUUGUCGGUUAAGAAAAUUAAACAAAAAAAAAAAAGCACAGGCGGAACUUCGGAGACGAACAUUCAAAUUUAUUUUUUUUUACACUCAAAAAACACGUUGGGUGUAUAUGUGGAUCUUUUUAGGAAUCUUAAAAAUAGCAUCACAGGAAUCUGGUUACUGAUCAGUCAUUGCUUUAAUUUAAAUUUAAAAUUUCUUAUUCUUUUUUGAGAUGCAAGUAGUUAUUUUUUCUUUUGGUUAUUGCGAAAUUAUAACUUUAAACUUACAUGGUCUUUGUAGUACAAUAGUUAAACCAAUGUGAAAUUAUAAAUAGCUAUACUUUGGGCAGCCAAACAUCUACCUAGUAGCUAUACUUAAGGUAUUUAUCAUUAAAUUUAACAAUUAAUUUAAUUUAAGCUUAAUGAUGACAUUUUGAUUAUCUAUAAUUAUUAAUUAUAUUCCAAAUUAGAAUUAAAAUUAAAGUUUAUUUUUUCUUUUCUUUGUAUUCUCUCAAAUGUAAUUUUUUUAGUAAGUUUACACAUACUGUUAAUAGAUUUGUAGAGCUUACAAUUUUAUAUAUACUUGUUACAAUUUUGUUUGUGAACUUAUCUGCCCGCGAGCGCUAAGUGUAGAGGGAAGAGACGCGAUGGGAGAGAGGGCGGAUGGAGACGCUCCCUGAGAAAUGGAGCCCGAAAAAUAGUGCUCAGUGCGGGUUUCGUGGUUGCUGUCCGUCACUGGAACCGUACAGCUAAAAAAAAGUUCACACAGUGAUAAGAAAAGGUUGGGGUUAAAAGGUAGAAGUUAGGGGCCGCGAAGGGCUUGAAAAAUGGGUCAAAAGGUGCGGAGUUGUAGGUACUACUCACCAGAAUGUGGGUGGAGACGCAGAAGCAGUAGACCGAAGAACUAACACACCACGAGUGGAAUAGAAGAGCAGAGGGACUGAUCCUUUAAUUCCGUGACUACAUUUCCGCAGCAGACAGAACUUCUCUGUCGCGAGAGACACAGUAGAACGCAGAAGAGCUGGUGGCGGUUCCACAUGCAAAUCCAGAUGGAGUUCUCCCCGACGACUCCUGGCGAAGGUCGGAAGAGUCAUCUAGUCAAGGAGCCUUGACGGCAUCAGAAAGGAAUGUAGAGAAAACAAAAGUGGGCGGAGCUACGAGAACUAGAGAGGAGUAACUGCUUCGCGAGUGGUCAGUGGCCCCGGUGUCAGGGGCACAAACAAAACGAUACUUUGACAUGGUCCGGCCGGUAAUUUGCGCGGGUGCCGAUAGGUAGCGCACAGGGAUGCAGCAGUAGAGUGUGGAGCCUGUAGGAUGGGGCUUUGGGAGAAGCUGAUACCUAGCGGGAAGAGAAGGAGUUAAGCAGAACUUAGUUCUAAAGUGGACCUAUAGAUCGUGCAUGUGGGCAGCCUACGCCUGGAGAAGCCUGGGUGUGCGAUAUCACCCGGUAAGAAGGUGGCUAGAGAUUGGAGAUCUGUAGGAGGGGGGUUUCAUUGCUCCCGGUACGAGUUCUCAGAAAGACAGCGAAAAACUGAGAGGAUGCAGGGUGUGCUUGCGCUGUGCAACGCACACACCCAAUUCCAGGCGUGCUCCAGGAGCACUAAAACAGGAGCUGCGCACCUGACCAAAAUUGCAUACUCAACGGUCGUCCAUGACAAGGCACGCUGAGGUUGGCUGUAGCCCCGAUACGGACAGUUAGCAGAAUACAUGGUUGUCAGUAGAAAUUACACGCCGGUUCGUGCAAAGAAGCGAGGAGAAUCGGACAGCUAAAUCUGUGUGGAACCGUAGCGUAUCAGGCCAAAGUGCUGAGUCACAGUCUUAACCCCACAGGAUAAAGUUUAAGUUGAGAGGGUACAGUAGGAGGAAAAAUAUUAAACCUGGCCCUCUAAAUACGGUCAAAAAUCAAUAUAAAAAUAGUGCCGAGAAAGCACUGUUGGACGGCACGCCACCAUGCAGGGAACAAGCAGUCCUGUGACCUCAACAACCAACCACAGCACAAGACAGUACAUAAACACUACAGUAUUCAAAUUUCUCAACCCACACAGUGAGGCUUUUCCUGAAAAAAUCAAACACGAAAAAUUAUGUCUUUCCUUAUUGGCUAAUGCAACGUAAUAAAAUGACCGUAUCUUCUACAGAAGGACAUGUGCCGUAUUUUCCAUCAUAAGAUUACAUACAGAAUUUUCCAUAAAACCUCUAAUCCUGAAAAAAGUCAUAAAUUCGGCGCCGUCAUCUUGUGCAACGUUUCUUGUUCUCUCUUUUAUCAACAAAAUAUACAGUGCCUUAGCAACAUGCUUAUAGCUGUGAUGUUGGCUUCCCUCAUGUGUGCAUGGCAAACACCAAAAACCUUGCCCCUGACCGGGUAUUAAGUGCAAGAAAAACAUGAAGUUUUUGAACCCAACAACUCUAACCAAAACUCACCUAACCCCUGCAGUCGAUGUUCUUGUGAGGGCUGUCUCUUCAAAAACAAAAGAUAAUGAUAUUAGCAAUUGUGUUGUGGAUAAAAAAAUAAUAACUUAAUAGACAUUUAUUUAAAUUUUCCCCAAAUAACAUUAAACACCGUUUGGAUAACCUUAUACCAAAUCCUCACAUUAAUUAGUGUACAGGUUUUACACAUAUCAUCCACUUAACCAGUCCAAACAAAAUUCCCGGGCUUAUGCUAAAGCUUAGUUGAGCAGAAAUGCAAAUAGUUCAUUGAUUAAAAUUUAAUAUACUAAAACUAUAUUAAAUCUUGAAUAUAUUUUACCUUAAAUACAGAAAUACUCUGUGUGUGCAAUACAAGAUUGAAGCCAUAAUUUAAAAUACAAAUCUAAGAUACAUAUUUAUAUUACAAAGUCUUGUGAAACUACAAAAGUAGUAUCAACAGUUUAAUACUUUAAUAAUGCAAGCCCACCAACACUUAAAAGUCCUAGUUCUUUUUCUGCAGAUCGUAGUACAGGUCAGUAUUAUUUGUUUUGUGCAGUCUUUUCUCUCCCAAAGCCUAUUACUUCUACUUGAAGUGUUUUUCAACGCAGUAUUGCCGCGGAGCAAGUUAACUCAGACGAAAAACUAUCUUAAAAACGGCUGAUAAAUAAAUCAUGCUACCACUCAAAACUGAAGGCAUAGUGCUCUCUCUUGCCUUCUGCAUAUUACAGCGGCACUCCUCGCAUUUCACUAGACAGCCCCGCCUUAAAAAAAACAUGUUAACUGUAACCCUAUUUUAGAUUGCGUGUCGAUCUUGCAAAUGCAAACAAUCUACUUGAAUAUAUUAUAGAUGUAAACUGAAAAUUAAUUAAAUUACUAAAGUAACAUCAGUUAAUGAAACCAAAAUACUGAAAUAUAUAUGUUAAAUUUAAUGAAAACCUUGCAUCAUAGCAAACGAGAAGGCUUUAUAAACAGGAGCAAUAUUUUUUUGAGGUACCUGGUAUUUCAUAAAUUAAAAAAAAAACAACUAUACAAACGUAAAAUACCGGAAUAAAAAAUCACGGCCUAGCAUCAUAGUCGUGGCCGAACAUUUAUAGCCUAAGGACGUGUGCGUGCGUUGUACUUGGCAUAUUGGAUCCAUUGCUCUUGCACUUCUAUAUUGACAUACACACACCUCACCACCUCACACACCUCACCACACACACACACAUCUCCACUAUACACCACCACACACACCUCACCACACACACACAUCUCCACUAUACACCACCACACACAUACCACACCAUCACAGAAAUCAAACCACCACACAACAAAUUAAAAACAACACAUACAUAAUGACACACACACACUACACACAGAGAGUUAUAUAUACACAGAUAAAUAUUUAAACCCCAUUCCUAUUUGAAAAUUUCCUAUUCCAUACCUGUUAACAAACACCCUUGGAAGUUGAUUUUUGUAAAAUUAUUGUAGGGGAUUCUCAGAACGCAUAUGGAACAACCGUGCCAAAUUUUUAGUUUGUAGGUAUUAUGUUUCCAGGGAAGUGGUGAGUGAUAUUUUGCUUUAUAUUUAUAUUUUCUAAACAAUCAGAAUCAGUUAGAAUAUGUAUCUUUUUUUUGUCAGUUUCAAUGUAACUGUUUUUAUUUAUUGUACUUAAUUGUAGUAUUUGUAUUAUAAAUGAAUUUUUUUAGGGAACAAGUUAUAAUUAUGUCAUCCUCAAAUAUUCUUUGUACAUUUACAAGUUAAUAUUUAUGUAACACUACUUGUUUGUUCAGUAGGUAGCUAGAAAAAUUCUUAGCAUCUGUUUUCUAAUGACAUUUUUGUAGUAGAUAUUUUAGUCCAAGGCAAUGUAAUCUACUUAAUGUGAUAUUUUAAGCUGGGUUGCUUUAUGUUAGUUUGUAUUUGUGCUUCGUUUAAUGAGAUUUUUGCUCGUGGCAGCAGAGUAGGUAUUUUUUUUUUUUACUGUUUUCUGUUUGCUAAUAUAGAUUUUUUCUAUUAUGUGUAAUCUUUUUAUUGUAAAAACUUAAUAUACCUGUGCAAGAGGCCCUCUGUUUGCAAAAUAUCUCUACCCCAUUUUCCUACUCACUAUUUCAUUAUGUAAUUAUUUGAGCAUAUGCCUGGUUGAGUGUGGACUAGAUAUUAAGUAUGAAGGAUAUGUACUGGAUCACAUUCCCAAAACUGCCUUGAGGAAAGUGCAGGAGAGUGGUCAGUGGAGAACCAUAGAGUAACUGAGAUUAUUGCUCGGACAAUGUAGUGGAUGCUGGAUAUAAUUCUGUAAAUGUAUUAGGCAGAUUUCAUUAUAAACAUAACAAAAUUUUUCUAAAGAAUCUUUAAAUUAAAUUAUACCUUAAGGGUGAAACAAAUAAAAAAGCCUUGCAAAAAUUAAUUUAUUAUGUAAAUGUGUUUGAAACUAGUACUGUAUUAUUUAAAAUAACAAAUGUACACAGUUUAAAAUAAAGGUAUUUUUGUCACUGAAGUGUUUUAAUAGCCUUAAAAUUGGGCAAUAUUUAAAGUAGAGAGCAUAGGUACAUACCACAAACGGAAUAGCAUCACCCAUUUUUCGCAAAGAAGUAAGUUUUACAUUAACAUGAUUCAUAUGUGCACUAACUUUUAAGAGAGAGCUUAAUGUAUGUGUCUUUAAAAGCAG